AUGUCUUCCUUAGCGUCAUCGUCUUCUGCCAUCUCUAGCUCUGAAGAAGAUGUGAGAGAGAGGCCUCAGGACGAUUCGAAGGAUAAGAAUGAUCACCAGGAGGCCGUUGAGUCAUCUGACGGCGCUGAUGAAAAAGCCGACACGGCUGGUAGUGAUGUGGAGGAGGAAAAUGUGGAUGAAAAGGAAGACGAGAAUGAUGACAAGGAGCUGGUUAUUGAAUAUACUGUUGAGUUAGAUCAGGUUGAGGAGAAGCCCAAUGAAAAGACAGAUGGUUCCAUAUCUUCUGAGUUGAAAGCCAGUGAAAAUAGAGAAGCGACGCCCACUCCAGAGUCCGUCAAGAUGGAGGAUCAUCCAUCUGAGUCCAAGGAAUCCCCAAUAGAGGCGCCAAAGACUCCCGUCUUGAUAGCAAUUAAAGCACCGCCAUCACCACAGGUCCCUUCAAACAGCGAAGUAGUUGAAGAGGUUCCACGUUCCGUGAAGGAGCAGAUUGCUAUAUUCUCAAACCUCAAUCUACAGAAAGCUCAUGAUACGCCAAAGCUCGGCGCAUCAAGUGCUUUUGCAAUAGAUCACAGCAAUCAAAACAACGUCCUGAGUAAGUCUACACUUCCCGCCUCAUUCACACAAGCUCCAAGAGUCGCGACAGCUUACAAAAACGUCUCGCCACAACCAUUUGGAACAGCUGAGACCGAUUUAAUAAAGCAGGCUGAUCGGCAACCCACAGAGCACCCACCGAACCAACCCGAUAGCACAAAGUUUGAUCGACCCCAGCCGCUGGAUCGGCCGAGCGAGCCUCCUCCACAACCUAAGAAAUUUGUCGUCAAGGCUACCACUUCGACACCUCCCAUGACUUUCUGUGUCCCCUUCGGCAAUGGUAGUCAGUCUGUUAAGUCUACCGAGUCGCCAGUGAAGGAGGUUUCGCCGUCACAGUACCUGGGACCUGGAGUGAUUGCCCAGACCUCACGACCCCCCAUGAUGAUCCGCCUGCGUCGUCCUGGGCCCGAGGCGCCUUGGGGCUUCGCGGUAUUUGGUGGCGCCGACUACGGCUGUCCACCGUUCAUAAGUAGGGUCACACUACAUAGCAUUGCUGCAAGAGCUGGUCUAGAAGUUGGCGACAUUGUUGUCAGCGUCUGUGACUCACCGGUUCAGGAGAAAGAGCACUCUCGAAUCAAGGCAGAAAUUCUACGUGCUGGAAACGAACUGGAUUUUACUGUCAUCAAACAGGGUAUUGACAAGGAAAUACUGGCCCAGCGAGCACCCCACCUCUUGCGCACGCCAGCACCACCACCAGCGCCGGGGGCGGCCCACACCAGGCAAUCCAUCUGGGCAACAGGCACGUGGACGAGCCCUACCAGCCCCAACUACGCCGAUAAGGCUACACGCACACGCUCCUUCCGGCUGCUUGAUGAGCAUCUCAAUGCCAUGAGCGCGCAGCCACCAUCACCACUGAAAGUGACAACAUCACAACCCGCCAGGGUCUUUUCGCCUACACAAAGCUAUCAUUUUGAAAGCGCAUCGAGGUCCAGUUAUGCAAUGGGUCAAAACCAUCACACCACCGGGAUGUCUAACUACGGGCGCACGAACCGGACCAUCUACCCAUCGACCCAUUCACCCAACACGAGUCACGGAUUCUACGCCCAGUCUCAGCCAGUAAGCACAAGCCGCACCGCCUUCACCGCCCCCACUGGCUUUUCACAGGGAUCUGGGGCGUGGCGUAACACAAGCCCUACUCGAGUUGGCUACGAUUCCUUUGCCUCGCCAUCCCGACCGGGCACGUGGUCUUCCUCAACCAAUCAGCAGAUGGACUACUACGAGAGCAGAAACACCGUAGAGCGCUCUAGCACCGAUGAUCCUGGCCUCAUGACUCAGUACUACGGCACCCAGCAGACCUGCUAUGCCAAAUAUCACCCGCAGUCGCAGCAGCACCAGCAGCGAAUGCUGCAUCAGGGGAGCAGCUACCAGAGCAGCAGUGAGUGGAGUAGAGUCUCGCCACAGCAGUCACUACCCACCUCCCGUCUUGUCUAUCGGCCUCAAGGAACCAAUUUUACCACUGCGCAGGGGGCUAAAGAGCAGUUUCGCCACCACCAGUUCCAACAGCAACAGCAAAACUUUGUUUCAGGCUAG